AUGUCCAAUAGAAGCAACAUUACGCCUGCUAAGCAGGCGAAAAUUCUCGACAAUUCCAUCACUGUAAUUCGCCAGCAGAUUGUGCUGAUGCGGAAAUGCCUCGAGACCAAGAACCGUUUCAUGGAUGCGCUCAAACAUACCAGCACAUUUCUCAAUGAGCUCAGAACAAACUACUUGACACCCAAACAGUACUAUGAACUCUAUGUUAUGGUUUAUGAUGGAUUGGAAUAUCUCAGUCAGUACUUGAAGGAUACCUAUCCUAACAGCCAUUUGGCUGAUCUCUACGAGUUGGUUCAGUACGCCGGUAACAUUGUUCCAAGACUCUACCUAAUGAUAACUGUAGGCACUGUUUAUAUGGGAGUAAAAGAUGCACCUCUCAAAGAGAUUAUGACAGAUAUGAUGGAGAUGUGCCGUGGUGUCCAGCAUCCAAUCAGAGGCUUGUUUUUGAGGUACUAUCUUUCCCAGAGAACCAAAGAUUUACUGCCUACAAGCAUGGAGGGUGAUGAUAUUGAAUUGAAGGGAAACUUGAAGGACUCCAUACAUUUCAUCAUUACAAAUUUUAUUGAAAUGAACAAACUUUGGGUCCGUUGGCAGCAUCAGGGUCAUUCUUCUGAGCACCUCAAACGUGUGGAGGAGAGGAAGGAGCUUCAAAUUUUGGUUGGGUCCAAUUUGGUUCGUCUUUCUCAGAUGGACUCCAUUGACAGGAUUUACUAUAAAAAGGAGGUACUUCCUGUGAUUCUAGAGCAAAUUGUGAAGUGCAGAGAUCUCAUCGCUCAGGAAUAUUUGCUCGAUGUGAUCAUUCAAGUGUUCCCAGAUGAGUUCCAUUUAAUUACAAUGGACGAAUUCUUUGAUGCCUCCCUCAACCUAGAUCCUGCAGUAAGCAUCAAAAAUAUUGUUCUUGCCUUGAUAGACAGAUUAAUUGGUUUCAAAGUUAGAGAACCCGACUAUGUUGUGAAAGUCGUUGGCGAUAAUUCUGUCGAUAUCUUUGGUAAGAUCAUUGGUUUUAUUGAUAAAGUUAGCCAAUUAAAACCCGACAUGAGUGUCACCGAUUAUAGCUCCAUUCUUGAAGGUGUUUGCAAACUUUCUAUCACCUAUUACCCUGAAAAAUACUCUAAUAUCGACAAAAUAUUUGAGCAUGCCACAGAAAUGUACAAGGAUAAGCGGCAGAUGGAACCUAAAUCUACUGGCACUACUACAAUUCAGACGCGGAAUUGGAAGUUGCUCCUACUAGCACCAGUUACUAUGUAUGAAGACGUGAAAAAAGUUUUGCAAUUGGACAACCAUUAUCUUGAGUUCUUCAACCUUCAGAGCUAUUCGUUGCGAAGAUCCAUUAGCGUCGAAAUAGUGGACAGAUUCUUGAAGGAAGGGACGGGAAUUAUUACGAAAGAAGAACUUAAGAAGGUUUUCACUAUUUUAGAACCACUCAUAGUUGUACCAAGCGAGCCCAAAGGUCCGAAAGACGUUACUGCGCAGAGUCUCAAGAUCAAUUCCAAGCCACCAACUGUUUUUGGCAGGAAUUCACUUCCUGGAAGCUCUACUGCAGGAGAAGUGGAUGAAAAUGAGGAAGAAUUAAAAGAUUCUAUUGAUGUUAAACUUCAACAAGAAUGCCUUGCCAAGCUGUUACACUUGAUAUACAACAAAAAUCCCUACAAACACCUUGAAUUACUACAAUUAGCAAGAGACAGACUUCAACCUGCUCAGAAGAGAGUUGUAUACACUUAUCCUACUCUCGUAGCUAUGACAUUGAAACUUGUCCGUAAGCUUUAUAUUGUUAAGCACAUAGAGACUAAGGAGCAGAGGAAUAGAAUAGCUCCGUUCUUUACGUUCAUUACUGGUCUCAUUACUGUUUUGGGACAAUCCAGGUACAAUGCUGUUGAUUGCUUUAACCUCAACUUGAUGAGUGCAGAGAUGGCCGAUGAAGUUGGCCUUGUAGAUAUUUCUUACGACUUUUUCAUCGAGUCGUUGGUGGUUUACGAAGAGUCAUUUGUGGAUUCGAGAUCACAAUACCAGGCAUUGAUGAGUCUUAUAAAUAAACUUAUCAGUUCGAAGAACAUGAUCCAGCAAAAUAUGGAGAACUUUGACCGGUUGAUCACUAAGACUACUCUUUACAGUUCAAAGCUUCUAAGGAAAACAGAUCAAUGCCGUGCUGUAUGCAUGUCAUCACAUCUCUGGUGGAUUGUAGAAAAUUUAGAAGAUUCGUCCGAUGAUACGGGAAUCGCCACGUCGAUGAGCCAGCUUUCGUUAAAGAACGAUGGUAAAAGGGUUCUUGAAUGCUUACAGAAAUCACUUAGAAUUGCUGAUUCCAUUUUGGACAAAAACGUUUCCUUGGAGCUCUUUAUCGAGAUCUUGAAUCAGUCAUUGUACUUUUUCAUUCAUGGAAACGAUAUGAUUAGUGUUCGGUACCUGAACGGAUUGAUCGAAUUGAUACGCAAUAAUUUCAAGGGUCUUGGAAAGAUCCAAGGACCUUUUGAGAUCACUUGCAGGCACUUUGAACGUACUUUAAAGUAUAUAAGAGAGCAGAAAAGUAUCGAUCCAAGAUUUGAAGCUGUUACCGCUUAA